AUGGCAUCCCGCUUGACACCAGAUCCUCCUAGGCUCGAGGCUUUGGUCUGGGGUUCUUCUCAACCUCCAACCACGUUCGACGAGUGGCAGGCGGCCAUCAAGCAAGUCAAAUCACUGAACAUGUCUCAGCAAUACAAACAAUGCGUGUUGCGUUGCAAGACCCUUCUCGGCACUGCUACUGUCCGGAUCGACCGCAUUCAUGAAACUGCUCUCCACUACUAUUCCGCCAUUUCAUAUGUCUCGCUAGCUCAGGCAGCCCACAUCUACUCAGCAUCUAAGAUCCCAUUUCUUAAAUGUGCUGUGGAGAAAUUCAUUGCUGCAAGCAAUGUUUUGCCAGACAAUUUGUCCCUUCCAGUCCUGAACCCCGGUCAAACUUAUUCCCUUGUUGACUGGGCAGAGUCUCCUUCAUCUCGUACUACUUCUGGAUCGCCGCUUGUUUUCGAUAAUUCUCCUGGCCCUGAAUCCCCUUUGGGGUCCUCUCCGCGCGAUGUAUCCCCCGUCCUGGUUACGAAGACUCAACUCGCUGAACAAGGUGUUAUGACUCCCCCUCCGGCCUACCCUUUGACUCCUCCCUCGUCUGGUGACUCUCUUACUACAGCUUUCAUCGUCACACCACGUUCCGCCCCUGCUGUUUCCCCUCCACAGCAAUUGAGUCCCUUUGAAAAUCUCUCUCCUGUGGAAGAUACAAACGGUCAAAGCUCUCCCGAUUCGAUCCCUGCUGUUUCCUCUCCUCGUCACUUGAGUCCUAUUGAGGAUUUCCCCCUCAAGGAUGGUAUCAAUGGUGGCAUUUCGCCUAUUUCAAUCUCUGCUGUCAGCCCAUCACCCUACAGGCAUUCCAGUCCGAGUCGGAAUUUCUCCUAUCCAAAUGGGAGUAUUGCUCAGCGUCGUGGUACUCCUUCUCCUGUAUUUUCGGAUCAGGAGUCGGUCUCUUUUAACAAUUCCAGAAAUAAUACCCCCAUCGGCGAGUCCUUGAUCGAUAAUAUUACCUUGAUGCUCCACGGUCCCAUCAUGAAUGAAAGUGAGGAUGCCUCUUUCAUCUCGAAGAAGGAUCUGUCCCCCAAGAUCCGUUCCCCGGUACAACUCUCCCCAGUCAGCUACCCUGCUGAUAUUGCGGACCCCAGGACCCAAAUUGAAUUGAUACCAUCGCCGCUCUCUGUUCGAAAGAUAUCUGGUGAGGUGAUCAGGUGCAAUCGUUCAAUGAUUCUCUGUGGAUUCUCAAAAAGGGAAACCAUCGCAAACCCAAAGGAUACUUGCAACAAUCUAAACUGGCCCCUUCCGAAUGCUGAUGCUCGAUCCAACUCAACUCUAAGCAACUAUGACACUGACAAGAACCCGAAGCGGCCUGUUCGCCCUCGCCCUCCUCGCCUGCCACUCAAGAUCAUCCCUCGUCUCCAGAUUAAUGUUAAUGAAAGCCAGUCAAGUCCCACUUGUCGAACUCGAGCUUCUACCCCGAGAUCCCAGUUAGAGGCCAUCCUAGAGAGUACGCAAGAGACCCCUCCAGAGAAUAACACAGGGCUUGAUUUCAAUAAAUCCACCACUCUUCCUGUCACACCCGAACAAAGUCAAGCUUCUUCUUCAUACACAACCCCAUCCCCAACUGAUUCUGCAGUCACGGCAUUCCACGAAGCCCGAGUCAGACGGUUUAACUCAAACAAUAGCUUCCUGCGUGAGGUAAUCCCCAAGGAAAUCACCCGACUCUACCAGCAAAUUGAACAUGUCGAAAACUUACAGCAUUGCCAUUGUCGCCGCGACGCAGUCUCCCCUGACUCAGUUCAUGCCCGUUCUCAGUCCUUCUGGACAUUCAGUCCCCUUCGCAAAAAGGUGUCAUCUGUUUUCCGUCGUAACUCCGGCCCGGAUUCGAGCCCGGAUCAGGGUCCCAAUAUCGACAAAUUUGGAAAUGUGCUUCGCAUUGAGACUAAGUUGCAGCGUAUUUCUCGGCUGCGGAAGGAGGGUUGGAAGACUGGUAUUCGUGCUCCCCAUUCUGUAUGGAAAGGUUCUGAUUAUUAUGAAAAGUUUUGCGACGAGGUGCUCGCUGAUAUUGCUAAUGAUGAGGGUUUCUAUUGA